AAAUCAUUUGUUGUUUUUAUUUGAAUCAAAACUCGUUAUUAAAAACACUAAAACUAAUCAAAUAUUUCAUUCAUUAAAUCACUUUUAAUUGAUUUAUAAAUACAAUUAGUUUUAAUCCCAUUUACAAGACAUCCGUUAUGUCGACCACUGGUGUGGAGGAAGCGAUUGUCACCGCAGAUGAGGCCGAAGAGGUGGAGGACUACAUGUCGGACACGUUUGUGCCCAAAGAGAUCAAUGAUGUCCGGCCGUCGCUUCUCUAUAGCCAUACGUCGCGUCUAAAACACGCGGCGCUGAAGACCAAGAGCUCAUCGGAUCCCAAACCCAAGACAUUCUAUCGACAACUGGAGGAACGGCUCCGGGAGGAGGCGCUCAACACACCGCUCGACUCGUCCAACAAAGGCUACAAAAUGUUGGCCAAAAUGGGCUUUAAUUUACCGCCGGAUCCGUCGCCGACACCACCGCCACAGCCGUCGCAACCCUCGGCCGCCACGACCUCCGAGUCUACGGCCACCGUAACGACCGCUCCGGUCGUCAAACUCACGGAACCGAUACGCGUAGAGCUGAAGAACGACCGCAAAGGCUUGGGUGCGGCGGCGAAGAAGCGUAGGACCGGCGCCAACGACGGGACGGACACACGGCGUCCAAUCGAUGACCCGCUGGUUGAGGAGCAGUUCCGGACGCACAAGAGGUCGCGUAAUGUACUGUUUCUGAUGUCCAAAGACUUGCGAACCGCGCAGAAAGUGUGCCGUAAUCUCGACGUGGAGUCGGGCGUCGAUGAGAGCGACUUUUUGGCCCAAACGGAACGACCGAAAUGGUUUUGGCCGCCGAUUGACCGCCAAACGGCCGCCGAUGGCGGCGACGGUGUGACCGCUGAAGAGCUUAAGCCCACCGAAGAGGUGGUGGAGGCCGACGACGACGACAACGAAGAGGAGGGUUGCGUUGAACACAGGUUUAAGACGAUUAACGAGUAUUUGCGGCGAAAGUACUUUUACUGCAUUUGGUGUGGCAUUCAGUUCACCGAUAGUGAGGACAUGGAUGCCAACUGUUCCGGUGAUACCAGAGAUGAUCACCAAUAGUGUGUCCAACUGUCGCGUCCGUCACUCUUGUUGUGUAGAGAUGUUAAACACAAAACACCCGC